GUAGCCCUUAAAUUCAUAUAUCUGGCUCUUGGAUCAGGUCUUGCUACAUUUACCCAGGUUGCUUGCUGGACGGUCACAGGCGAAAGGCUGGCUGCUCGAAUCAGAUAUUUAUACCUGAAAACUGUAUAUAGACAAGAUAUUGGAUUUUUUGAUCAGGGGACGAGCACUGGUGUCAUUAUCGAAAGCCUGUCUAGUGAUACUCUUACUAUUCAAGAUGCCAUCGGCGAAAAGGUUGGGAAAUUUAUCCAAGUAUCAGCUACAUUCGUUGUUGGAUUAAUAAUAGCUUUUAUUAAGGGGUGGCGUCUAGCGUUGAUCUUGUCAACUUCAAUUCCUCCACUUGUCCUCUCUUCUGCUGUCAUGACUAUCAUUCUGGCGAAAUUAGCAUCCCGUGCACAAACUGCUUAUUCAGAAGCUGCAAUUGUGGUUGAACAGACAAUAAACUCAAUUAGAACUGUUGCUUCAUAUACAGGAGAGAGAAGGGCUAUUUCUGCAUAUCACAAAUCUCUGAACAAAGCUUAUCGAUCUGAUGUACUAGAGGUUUUGGCUUCAGGGCUCGGUUCGGGUGUUUUCUUUUGGGUCUUAUACGCAAGUUAUGCUUUAGCAAUAUGGUACGGCGCAAAAAUGAUUUUGGACCACAACUAUACUGGAGGAGAUGUAAUGAAUGUCCUUAUGGCUACACUGACUGGCUCAUUUACUUUAGGAUAUGCAUCUCCAUGCUUGCGUGCGUUUGCUGCUGGAAAGGCCGCAGCUUUUAAAAUGUUUCAGACGAUAGACAGAAAGCCGGUCAUAGAUCCUUAUGAUAUGAGAAGACUGAAACUUCAUGACAUUAGUGGUGACAUUGAACUUAAUAAUGUUCACUUCUGCUAUCCUGCAAGACCAAAAGAGAGCAUAUUUGAUGGUUUCUCUGUGUCGAUACCUAAGGGAACAACGACGGCUCUAGUAGGGCGAAGUGGAAGUGGAAAAUCGACUGUGAUAAGUUUGAUAGUGAGGUUCUAUGAUCCACAGGCUGGUGAAGUUCUGAUUGAUGGUAUAAAUAUCAAAGAAUUUCAGCUUAGGUGGAUCAGGGGGAAAAUCGGCCUUGUUAGCCAGGAACCUGUGCUAUUUGGUUCGACGAUAAAGGAUAAUAUUGCCUAUGGGAAGGAUGAUGCAACUCUUGAAGAAAUUAAAGAUGCAGUUCAACUAGCCAAUGCAUCCAUGUUCAUUGUUAAAUUGCCACAGGUUUUGUUUCAAUUUCUACUUUUCGAUCAAGUUAUAGCUGACUCAAGUUCUUCUCAAUAUCUUACAAAAAAAAAAAAACUUCCAUUAUUCCUUCUAAUUCAGGGACUAGACACCAGA